AUCUAUUCACAAGACUGCAACUCCCGUUAUUACAGCAACUACUUUACAGAUGCUGUAACACAAACCCGUACUUACUAUCGCGGUAUUCCGGCCGCCAUCCUGCUCACACCUCAUGUCAUCAUCGAGACUUCACUUUGCUAUCGCUUCACCUGGUCAACUGUUUGUGCCUGGGUUUCGUUCACAAAUAAUGCUCGCAUUUAUAAUCUAGAGCACUCUGACGCCCGAGAGCGGUUCCCAGAAGCCUUUCGGUCCAUACAGCCAGACCUUUCGCCAUCUCUCCUUUCCGAUCUCUUCUUUCUCUUCGCACUACUCCGUGACCGCGAUGAAGAGGGCCUGUGUCUAGUGCACAGCUCACAUGGUGAACAGUCUGAUCGUCUUGAUGCUCUACUACAAGACCGCACUCUACGGUGGGCAGGGCCAGGGAGGGAAAAUUGGGAUCAUGUCUGCAACAAGUGUCGCUUGCAGAAAGAUGUUUCCGGCAGUCGCUAUGCAAUACGGGCGGUUGUUGUCGAUGGCAUCACAAUCGGACGACCCUGUUGCAAUGUACAUGACUGUCAAAAUCCUCUUCCUACACAGCGCUCGCGUUUCUGCGAGACUCAUCGGGACCUCAAGAUGAUAUGUGCUGUAGUGGGUUGUAACCAGCAUGCAUCUCCUAACAAGCAGACCUGCCCUGAGCCCUCACACCGCGCUCUCGAGGACCCCAAUGGGCGUUCUGCCCUGUUCAUACUUAGGCGACGUUUGGAAAGACUUCAAACAUCUUCACUGGAGGAUGAAGGUACAGGAGUGUCCGAGGAGCUCACAGAGUACGAUGAAAAUGGAGAAUGUCCCUCCAAGUCUGAGGAGGGAAACGCAAAGCCACGCGCACGGUUUGGCCGGCGACGGACUCACAAUGAACAGCUGGUUGUUGCAACGUGCGGUGUCAUUCUGGGACGGGCAACUAUGUUUGGUUCUGAGGGCAUUGAUGGUGUCAUGCAAUUCUUGAAGAACAUGUUUCCGCUAUUACUCCCUCAGGUCAUCUUUUUCGACAAUGCAUGCAGUCUCAAGAAGCAUGUAAUUGCAUUGAAAGAGAAGCACUUCGAUAAUUGCAUCAUGCCCGUUGAUGCCUUCCAUGCAAAAACAAAACACAAGGAGUCGGACAACUUCUGCAACCAGCAUUGUAAUGCGGCGCAGUGGCCCGAGCUCUUUAAUGGCGACAAAUGGAUUUUCAAUUCGUCUGCGGCGGAGAUGACAAAUGCAUGGUUGGGUGGAUUUCAGGCUAUGGUUCGAGAGAUGCGAGCUGCUCGUUACGAUUUUUUUCUGGACGAAGUGAUCAAGUGGAGGAAUCGUCUCACUAUUGAGGAGCUUUCGAGAGUCGGUGCAGACCCGAAACUGCUAAAUUGA